AUGGUUUGUCAAUAUAAGUCUUGUACCAUCGUUAUGCUGAAUCAACUCAACGAAAACAACCAGCAAUAUCCAAUGUUUUGGCCUACGCAACGAGCCAGAGCUCAAUCGUUUGGUAAAAGUACCGUCUUGUUGGAUUCAGUUGUAACAAAAGAUGACAUUACCGUGAGAAAGUUUAUUGUUUCACCUACGAUGGACAUUAAAAAUGGUCGUAUGGUCCGCAUGAUUCACUACGUAUCGUGGCCGGAUCAUAACGUUCCUAAAGAUGUUUACAAUAUGGUGGAAAUUUUAUCUGAAGUGGAAGAUUCACAGAGAGCUGCUGAUGUAAAGGGACCUGUCAUUGUUGCGUGCAGUGAUGGAGCAGGUCGAUCUGGAACCUAUAUUGCUAUCUCAAAUCUUGUCGACCGAUUCAAAAUUGUCUAA